GCGAGCGAGUGCGCGAGCGAGUGGGUUCCGCCGUAAACCUUAAAUCGCUAUUUAUGACUAUCCUAACAUGUCUUUUUGUAUAGAUGUUCAGCGGCGUAGGCCGUUUCUUCUCGUCAAAGAACGAACGAUCUCUUCAUCGGCACGCAGUUGACUCGAGCAACGAUGACGACGUCUAUACGAUGACGUUUCAUAGAUUUGGGAAGCUACUCCGGCGAAGCCGGGAACAUCCCCUUCGGUAUCUCGGGGAUCUUUUAAAGGGAUUCGUUCGGACAAGAUGAUUCGCCCCGAGACUCUUCAGGAUUUCUAAUACAUCGGGAGGAGAGACGUGCGACGUUCUCUCCGCUUUCAGGAGUAACCGAGCAGUCGGCACUCGGGCUACGUCACUGGCGGGGUCCCCGUGACACAGAUCAACGGCGGCAACUAUAACGGUACUCAUCGGCGUGACCUACUCUCGGCGAAGUCGCACUCUCUCAGUUCUUCCUCCUUCGUCCUCUCUUCGUUUCGCGUCUUUCCCGCGGACUCUCCUUUCGUCCAGGGCCGAAUAUCCAGCAGGGUCCAGCGAGCGAGGUGUAUGUUCGAUCGUCGCACGAGGAUUCGAAAGUCGCUUAUUCCCGCUUAUUCGGACACUUCUCCAUUUUCAAUACGGAGAAGAGCCGUUAUCCAUCCUGCGGGAAGUCGAGGCGAAACAGAAAUGGGACUUCGAUAAAGAGAGCCCACGUUAUCAUCACCGCGAUGACGUGGGCGGGCGCCAACUCCUCUGUUAUCUAAACGGGGGGCUCUUCUCUUUCGCGCGGGUUUCUCUCGAGGAGAAACCGGCGUAUCUCCUCGUCGAAACGGUCGCGACCGCGUUUCUGCUCAUCAAUCGGAAAUCUCGGAGAGGGCACAGGACGUGGGCGAGGCGAGCCGGUCGGCCGCCACUGCCGCGCGUAUAGCAUCUUCUCUCCCCGUACGCUGGCGGGCUACACUUUUUCUUCCACGUGAGGAGCAUCGCCACGGGUCGCCUCGUCGCAUGGGCGGACGGCCGACCGGGCCGCGGCUGAUUACGGACAGUAAUGAAAGCGGGCUGCUUGCACGCGGUAGAGGUAGGCAGAUGCGCGCCGCCGGUCUGUCAUGUAGCCUUCCUUCCGUCUCGUUUCCGUCGCACGUCUCUUCCCCAGCCACGCCGAAGUCCCGGUCAAUGAGAUCGACAAUCGCCACCGUCGUGGUUGUUCAUCAUCGCGCGCCCUAACGGGGUGACACGCGGGCGAGUGCGCGAACACAAUCGCGAGGGGCUCGAGUUGGUCGUCGGCUCUCAUCGGGAUCGGCUCCACUCGCGGGUCCACCAGUCUUUGGACCCUGCGAUCUUGAGAACCCCGCGAGUUAUGAGAGCUACCGCGCUCCUCGUUCUUCAGGUGCUUGCAUUGCAGCUGACGAGAUGCCAAGGUGGAGGCGGCGGAGGCGGCGGCGGCAACGGUGGGCCGAGCACGUUCGGGUACGACGCCUCCUCGGCCUGCAGCAAGCCGUACUCGCGCGCCGGACGUGCACACCACGAGGAUCUACCCUGUGACUUUCGCCGACAGAACUGGUGCACGAUCGCCGGUAGCUCUUAUCCUUGGCACGCGGUACGUCGAUUCGUGCACGAGAAUCAGGGCUUGAUGAGACGCAUGUACGGCGAUGAGAAUUACAUCAAUGUCCUCCGAGCGGAAUUUGAGAAGAACGACAUCGAGCUGAAGUACGACGAGUAUCACUUCGCCGAUGAUUUGAGGCAAUUUCAAUAUGACGACGAUUACGAGUUCAUCGACGACGUUCGGUCGAAGAUUAAUAUGGGCGAGUACGACGGUCGCGGAUUUACCAGUCGCUCCUUUAACGAUCCCAUCGCCAGACGAAUGAACAAGUUCUCGAAGCUCAGCGAGUACACCAGGCCGCAUUUCAGACCCACCGAGCGAACCACCAGUUCAACUGCCCCGACUUCGAGUACAACCACUGUCUCUUCAACUACGUCCUCAACAUCGAGCACUACCACGGCCGCUUUUGUUACGCGUACAUCAUCAACGACGUCCGCGUCUACCGCUACCAUUACGAGCACGGAGGAAGUCAAGACUCAAACUUCCGUAACGCCAAUUUCUCCAAAGUUUCCGAAUUCCACUGACAAAGUUGCCGAUAAUGAUCCCGCGAUGAACGGUACAACAACGACGACAACGACGACGACGACGACGACGGCGACGACGACAGCAUCGCCGACCGUCACAGUAGCUCAGAUCGUUAAAGAACAAAAUUUCAGCAUCAACGAGAUUCCCGGGCAGAACGAUAGGAUUGAUGAGAAGGAGCUGGAGGAGCUGGAGGCGGAAGUGGUACCGUAUUCCGAGAAAAUGACGAUCGAGGAAGAUGACACGACCUUGGAAUCGGUCGGGACGACGAUAGGAGUUUCCACGGAAUCGUUGGUCGGUCAAAUGGAGGAAAGCGUGGAGGUGUUUGCCCCAGAUACAAAGACGACUGUGCGUGAAGAGUUAAUAGCGGCGGCGAGUCAUGAACAACAACAAUUUAGACCGCGUCCUGAGUAUCGACCAUCAGGCGUGGCCGAGACGUCGACGAGUAUCGGAGGACAGCUUUAUCAGGAUGUUGCGGCGAAGGAUCAGCAAGAGCAGCCGGUGCUGAAGCUUAGAGGCGUGAAUGCCUGUCCCGUCAAGGAAGAAGUGGUAGCGCCGUUCUGGGCCAACAAUACUCGUGGUGAGGUCUUGGCUCUUCUCAAUCUGUACCCCUUCGAGCAGUACGUCCAUUGGGAGAAGUGCACGCAUGAGAACAAACAGAUGUAUUGUCGGGAUGGCUGCAGAUGCGAGCAGCAGUAUCGACUGCAUCGAUUGCUGGCUUACGAUCCCAACAACGAGUGCCGUGGCAUCUUCAGCGACUGGUUUAAAUUUCCCAGCUGCUGCGUCUGUCGCUGUUACGAUUUGCCGUUGGAAUUUCGGGUGACAUCGCGUUCACCGCGCGCUUCGCAUAAACGACGAAUCAAGGUGCAACCACCAACGCGAGACCGUUAUCCGUAAUCCAAUUGU